UCUGUCUGGGGUCAGCAGACCCCUCGGCCUGCGGUUGCUCAGAAGGGUUUCCAAUCUUACGCUCCGGUUGGCGAUUUUCGACCAAUGAAUGCCGUCACUCGAACAUUCUUCCGCCCCGAGUGCGAUCCCCAGAAGGAUCUCAAGAUGGCCCAGGGUGUCUCGGCUAACUACAAGGGCGACGCUUUGAACCCGCGCAACCUUUCGGAUGACAUUCCAGAGUGCAAGAACGUUUCUUUCUUCUUGACCAACCUCCCAGCUGAUGUCACCUACAGCCAGCUCCUGGGUCAAAUUCGUGGCAUGGGACGGGUCUGGGCCACUGUGAUAAACCCUCCUGAUGGUCACGACCACUUCACUUCGGCUGCCAAGUUGGUGUUCUUCGAGCUUGCUGCUGCGCAGCGCUUCUACGCCCACUGCAGAAACCCGGCCCGCCGUCUUAUUAUCAGCGGCUACGCGGUCAAGAUUGUCCGCAAUCGAGUUCGAAAGGCCGAGGAAGACGUCGGUGGCUACCACUCUCGUGUUCUGGUCGUCACAGGCGAGCUGUCCUUUGUCAAUAAGGAUACUCUGCUACGUUACUUCCGCACCAAGCUCGAUUUUGACACCGAGGAGGUCAUCACCCUGGUUCAAGACCCUCAGACUGGAAUGGGCGAGUUGGAAAUGCGAUUCGCCUGCUAUCGCAACCAGGCCGAGUCCGCUCGUCAAGCGUUGAGCAAGGAGUACCCUCCUGGCGCCACCCUUCCAGACGGCCGGAUGUCUCCAAUCUGGGAGCUCAGAUACGGCGUCGACCCUUGCUCAAUCUGAGAGCUUGAACCAGUCACCUCCUUGGUUCAAUGAUGAGAGAUUUGUGACGGGAUUUGAUAGGUAGUCACUCCAGCCAAGCAUACCACGACGGAUAGGUUGGAACUUGGAAGUGGAGAUGGAUUCACUUCCGCUUGUUUUGGAAGCAAGAGGUUGUGAAUAUUGGGUCUAGUUUGUACCGAGAUACCCAGGCGUUUGUUCUCAUUUUAUUUCUGGGCACAUUCUACCAUCAUAGACUUCGGUCAAAAUUGGUAUUGGAACAAUGGUCGACAAAUAGUGCUUGCUUUCGGACCUCUUUGGACAGUGAGGGGGCUUUCGGAAUAGACACAGAAACACGGGCAGUCUUGGAAGCCGUCCUACAAAUUUUUAUUUUUUUUGGUCUUUGACUUGCAUAGCAUUUUGAUUUUACUAGUUGUCGGUGGUUUUUAGUUGACAAUCGACUUC